GCGGGGCGCCUCCUGGCGCCUGCGCGCUCCUCCUCCCCCUUCCCCUUCCUUCCCGGAAGCGGCUCCCUCCCGCUGCCAGUUCCGCUUCCCGGCGCGCGCCCCUCCGCCAGUGCGGCUCGCGGGACGGGCGGCGCCAUGGCCGGCAUCAAAGCCUUGAUCAGCCUGUCCUUCGGGGGAGCGGUCGGCCUGAUGUUCCUGAUGCUGGGAUGUGCCCUUCCCCAGUACAACCAGUACUGGCCACUGUUUGUUCUGUUUUUUUACAUCCUUUCUCCUAUCCCGUACUGCAUAGCAAGAAGAUUAGUAGAUGACACAGAUGCUACAAGUAAUGCCUGCAAGGAGCUAGCAAUAUUUCUUACAACAGGCAUUGUUGUCUCAGCAUUUGGGCUACCGAUAGUGUUUGCGAGAGCAGAACUGAUUUACUGGGGCGCAUGUGCACUUGUUCUUACGGGGAAUACAGUCAUCUUUGCCACGAUCCUAGGAUUUUUCUUGGUCUUUGGCAGCAAUGACGACUUCAGCUGGCAGCAGUGGUGAAAGGAAGAUAAGAGAACUAUCACAGGCAUCUUGUCAUGCAGUGGCCAUCCAUACAAAUGAGAGAAUGGGCAAUAAAGAGAAGUAGCAUAGCAAGCCUCUUGAGUAUUCUAGAUGCUCCUUUUCACCUUGUUCGUUCUGAGUGUACUACUGUUGCUGACAAGGUUUCUACGUUUUUAUGAAGUGGAGAGAUGAUUUAUUUCAUUUUUACCUAUGGUAUGUUUUUAGGUGCUCUCUUGGUUUAAAAUUGUCAUCCUUCUGUCCGGUGUUUAUGUGAAGCUUUAAAUCUGGAACAAGAACAUUUAAACAUGGUUUCAAAGAAGAUUUGAAGUUGGGUUUUUGGGUUUUUUUUUAAGUUAAGCAUUAAUAUUAUGUUUCAAAAUAACUUUUUUUAUAUAGUGAUUAAGUUAUAUACAAGCUGAAUGGAGGUAAGAGAUUGUGCACCACCAUUGUCAAUUACCAGAUCAAUAGAUUGUUGCUAUAUUUCAGCAGAGGCAAGGCGGGGAGUACCAGUUGCAGAUUUUUCUUCUGCCCAUACCUCAAACUGGAUGAUGAAUGUUGAUAGCCUUCAUUUUGGGAGAAGGCUGAGGAGCAGGUAGAGUUAUUUGGGAGAAGUCCUAAAUUUUAACACCGCUAGCACUUUUACCUGCUUUCUUAUCAAUUCUUGUGUGGAUGUGAUAUUCAAAUACUCUGUAAAUGUACUGAUGCUAUGACAUACAAAACUAAAGUGUAUUGUAGGGGAAGGGAAAAUGAUGUUUAAAUUCCAUUUUUUAAAAAAAUAUCUUUUGAACUCUUUCUAUUUAUAAGUAUUGUAUGGUUUUGAACUUUUAUGUCAACUUUUUACCACAAAGAUGGUAAAAUGUUCAUUUAUGGAACUACUGGCCUGUGUUAAUUUGAAGCAUAUACAAAGCUAUUUCCUCCUUCCCCUUUUUAAUUUAUUUUAUACAUAGUAUAUAUAUAAAAUAAAACAGCUUUUCAAAUGUAGAUUAAAACUUUGUGUUAAACUUGUCUAAGAAUGUUUUGCGUUUGGUUCCCCCCUCCCCCGCCGCCCCCUUCACACAGUGCAGUUGAGGCAUGACUUUUUUGGAAGUCACUGGCUGAACUGAUUUCACUGACUUUUUAAGUUCUUAUGCACUAUUGGUUAAUAAGAUUUAAUGUUAUGUCUGUAACUGUAGCUUGUGUUCUGUAAGAUUGCACAUGUAGCUUCAAAUACUUAAGACAAGUUUUCUGCAUACCUCUCAAUUGUCUGGAUUUUUCAUUUAAAGAAAUCUGCCAUUGGACAUUCCAUCAUGAGAUAGUUGAUGAGUGCCAGUUAACCAGGUUUGAUUGUACCACAUGCAGUGAUAAACUUGACCAAACAUACUUCUAAACUAUCUAUUUGUUCGAUUCUUUAAAAAAAGUCUAGGAAACUUCCUGUGCCUAAUUGAAAGCUGAUGGUUGCUUAGGUUCUGCUUAACAGUGGAGCAGUAUGAAAAGGCACAGAAUUGCAGGUCUUAGCUGUAGUAUUUGUGCGCAGAUGUAAACAAAGUAUAAAGCUUGAAUAUUUUAAGUCUGAUAGUAAUGGUAGUUACUUACACCAUACGCUCAAGGAACUGAUGCCAGCAGGUAGGGGCAGCAGGGGUGCAGCUACCUACAUGCGCUGCUUUGUUAGUGUUGUCCUGUGUAUAAACUAAGAGCUCAAUUUUAUCUGUGCUGGUAGAGGAACAAAUAGGUGCCAAGACCCUAGCACGGAAGCCAGUCUAUAGCAGAUGGUCUUUCAGCCAUAAGUAAGCGCUUCACCAGACUGCCUGUGACGGUGAGGUUCAGAGGUGCGUAAGGGCUGCAGAAUCACUCGUUUCACCACCUUUUUCAGUGAGACUUCUGCAUCCCAGCCCCCAGCACGACAGAUGCUCCGGAAAAUCUUCCAAACCAGUGGCUAGAUUUGCAGUCCUUUGCAGUCCUUGUGAAGGAGGAAUGCUUAGGACUUGUACAAAUCUUCUGUAUCUGUUACCGACUCCUUUUCCAUGGUCAGGAACUGUGUUUUCCAUUCCUGUGCUGCUAAGCCUACUUCUCCAUGUGAUGCUACUCUGGAUCACUGGCCAUAGAGCUGACCGCAUAUGUACUGGCGGUGCAUUUUUUGUGUGUUAAUUGCAUUACAGCGUUACCUUCUUUUGCUUGCACAGUGAGUACAUGGAGUAGUGCUCUGAUGUAUGAGCUAGACACUUGAGAGGUAUGAUCCUUCCAUAUAAUAUGCACUGAGAUAGCGUUAUCAUCCUUCUAGAGGGAAGAACUUGGAACGAUAAAAAAUUUUAAAUAGCAAUCUUGAGUUCUGUAUGUUUUAUCAAAAAUACUCUAAUAAAAGAGUAUUUUGUUUAAAGUA